GCGGUCCCUGAAUCCAUCACUCAACUCAGAACAAGGAAGCAGAGAGGAGCAGACACGGAGAGGAAUAUUCGGGGCAACGGAGGGGAAUAAAUCUGAGUUUAUUCCGGACAAGAUGACUUCAUUUGGAUUAAAAUGUUCGUGAUCGCAGUUCUGGUCCUUGUGGGGACGGGACUGACGGUAAACAGCGAGACUCACUCCCUCACCUACAUCUACACGGCGCUCUCCAAACCUGUCGGCCUCCCGGGCAUCCACGAGUUCACAGCCAUGGGUUUGCUGGACGACAGGAUGAUCGACUACUUUGACAGCGAGAAUCAGGUGAAAGUUCCCAGACAGGAGUGGAUGAGAGAGCGUUUACCUGCUGAUUACUGGGAUAUAGGCACACAGUCCCGCAAGAGCAAGCAGCAGUGGUUCAAGGUCAACAUCGACAUCCUGAUGGAGCGAAUGAGGCAGAAUGACUCAGCCAACCCUCACGUUCUUCAGAGGAUGGUGGGCUGUGAGGGUGAAACUCAGCCUGACGGCACGCUCAGGUUUGUCCGAGGCAAGCACAUGUACGCCUAUGAUGGAGACGACUUCCUCUCCUUUGAUGAUAAAAAUGGAGUCUGGGUCGCUCCGAUUAAAGAGGCACUUCUCACCAAGAGGAAGUGGGACAGCGUCCAGGUGCUGAAAGAGUACACCAAGGGAUACCUGGAGAACGAGUGCAUCGAUUGGCUGAGCAAGUUUGUGUAUUAUGGACAGAAGCAGCUCAAACAGAAAUCUCCACCUGAGGUGUACGUGUUUGCAAAGAAGGCCAGAGUGGAGGCAAACCUCAUCCUGACCUGCCUCGCCACAGGCUUCUACCCCAAAGACAUCAUCAUGAGGAUCAGAAGGAACGGACGUGUUCUGACUGCAGACGACGGCCUGACGAGCUCAGACAUUCUUCCAAAUAACGAUGAGACCUUCCAGAGACGCGACCAUGUGGAGAUUCUGAAGUCUGACCUGUCAAAGUUCAGCUGUGAAGUCGUUCAUGAGGCGACUGGUGUGGAUGUUACAAAGACUUGGGAGAACGGUGACCCUCCGGAGGGACAUGAACCUGGAGCUCCGAUCGCUGGUGUAGUGGGAGGACUCUUGGCUCUGGUUGCUCUGGUUGCUGGAGUUGUGGGUCUGAUCUUGUAUCUUAGACGCAGACGCAGAGCCAACGACAACCAAGGCAGCAGCAACCCAGCAGGCACGCCUCUUAUGACAGGUAAGUGUUUCCUUGUGCAGAGAUUUUCAUACAUACAGCAGUGUAGCAGAUGAGUUUAAAUAUUGUGUGUGUGUGU